CCGAAACGCAACUUUUGAGAUUACAGGUCCAAUAGUCUGUAGCUCCUUGAUCGUGACAGACAUUUGAUCAACUCAUCAUUUACAUCAGGCCAAGUGCUGGUCAAGCAACCAAGCAGUAUGACGUCACCGUCAUACGGCAAGCUGUCCAACUGCACCUUGGUGAAGAUCUGGCUGGUCUUCAUCUUGGGCGUUGGAACAUUCACCAUGGAACCGGUGCUAGCCAGUUUCAUCCGGUUCAAGGCGGACACAGAAUACGUCUAUAAUUUCCAAUCAUCAACAGAAAUGAAGACCGUUGAAAGACUCCUUGCCAAAUCAAAGAUUGGGUUUCUGGCGGUAAAAAGUCCUGAUACCGAAGUCGGAUUUCAACAGAUCUACCUGCGGGUUCAUUCAGCGGCAAUUACCAGCAGUAACAAUCAAGUUUUCUUGAACGAGGAGCAUGACUUUGAUAGAUGGUUUUCAUUCGAAAUUAGUGAAAACGGGACAAUUGGUCACGUGUACUACUCAGGUGAUGAGAGUGAUCACGUGAUAACAGCCAAGAAGGGUAUGGCGAGCCUAUUGGCUGCAAAUCUACAGCAUCCUCCCGAUGGCAUGCAGAAUGAUGGGCGGGCUGAGUGGAGCUACGAUUGCAACGAGACGGGUCACGAGGGUCAUCAUGAAUCGUCAUACAAUGCCCGGAUGUCAACGGAUAAUGAUGGCAUCAUCGUCUUCACCAAGACCAGACGAACACACCCGAUACCGUACGGGAAAUCCAAACAUCAAAAGGAGAUUCAUUACCACCCCGGUAUGAAGCUACCAACUCUCGUCAAGAUUCUGGAUCACUACGAAGCACCAAGAGAGUCAACAAAAGAAUUUCAGGGUCAGUUCAAGGAGAAUACAGACGAAGAAGGAUUUAAUCUUCCAGAGAUGCAAACUGUUUCAGAUGGUCAGCUGACAUUCGUGCGUGAGAUUUACACCCCUUCACUGGCUCCGCCCACUAAUGGGGAUCUUGUGACAGAUACAAUUCACGUGAAAAAGAUACCUGACGGUCAACACCUGAUUGAUGACAUCACAACACUGAAGGAUAUGGUGUCUGGUAACCUGACGUGCAUGAGGAAUGCGCCACUUGAAGGAUCUCACGAGCGGAGUCAUUGCUACCAGGACCUCGUACACACCCUGGUGUAUAACAUCGAUGAACGGAAACUUGCUGAGAUUGUCAAACCUUUGUAUCAACUUCCACUAUCCAGACGCCAUCGUGACAAGGAAGACAGACUCAAUAUGUUAGAUGCUGUAACCGCGUUGGAAACCGACUUUUCACAGUCUCUCCUGGCUGAUCUCAUCCUCUUGUCUCCAAAACCAAAUAAAGACCUUGUGGAGAGACUACUCAUUGCGUCUUCUGGAUUCACUCGAGCUAUAUCAAAGCAUUAUCUGGAAACCUUGGAGGAUAUUGUUUUCAAACCUCAACGCUUUCCAGAGCCAUUACGUGACUCAGAGACACAGAGAGUUGCUGUGAUGGUACUCGGUGCCUUAGCUGGUAACCUGUGGACUGCUGGAUACAAAUCCCAAGCUGAGGCGAUCGUUGUGAAGAUUGAGGACAAACUUGGCGUUCAUGACCCAUGGAGCUACAGUAAAACUGUUACAACUCUUUCCGAGGAUGAACUGGACGAAUACCACCACAACACGGUAGCGUGUAUUGAAGCUCUCGGCAAUGCUGCCCUCCAUCGUUCCUUUGCUCACAUCCAUAGUUAUACCAACUCGACCACCACCCAUCCUCUGCUGAAAAGAGCUGGUUUGCACUCUAUGAGAGACUAUCACCACGACAAGGCGGCAGGUAUCCUCCUCAAGUCAGCACUGGAUGAAGAUGAAGACGAACAUGUUCGAUAUGAGGCAUCAUUGCUUUACAAAGAUCAUCCAAACGGUGUCUACAAACAUUCCUCAAAGUUUGUCAAUCCAGAGGAAUACAUGGGCUCCACCAACUCGUCCGAGUUGAUGUCCACCGAGGGAGCGAGUUCUCCGUCCAGACGGCGAGUACGGCGUGGAUUCUGGGAGGGAAUUGAGUUCCAUUUGGCCAGCCCAGCGAUUCAGUGGGAGAAGCUUAUUGGAAGUUCCAAGACCGGUGCACAGUUUGGGUUAACGGUCAGAAAUGCACUCGACAUCAAAAUAGCUCCCCUCAGCGGCCAUCUUCGUUUAGACAUUCUGGACGAGGCUUAUGCAACGGUAUUAGUUGGACUUGUGGGUACGAAAAUGGAUAUCGCAAGAGCACGCUUCUGUUUCAACGGACACAUUGAGUACAAUUUGAAUAUUCUACAGGAGUUUGGGGUUGAACGCAUCAACGAACUGGUGAAAGUCUUUGAUUUAAUCAUCGGGCAAGUUGUUGGAAACAUAGUGAGGGCGGUAGACAUCGUUGUUAACCUCUUCAAAGGAGAUACCAGUAUCAACAAACUUUUUGAUGACUUCGUUGAGGCACUCGAAAAUAUCCCGAGCCGCAUCAGUGGUAUGCGAUCGGUGGCAGCCAAUGCCGUUGCUAGACUCUCACAGUUUGAUCCAGAUCAACUCCCGCCCUCUAUCCAUGGCGUGAUCAUGGUAGUCAACAAGGCAGCUCAAUUAUUCAGUGAUAUAAAGACCGACGUCAUGGAGUUCUACAGUGCGAUCAAUGAGGCUAUCACCGUGACCUUACCCUCGGCAGCCGAAGCAAUACAGAUGGCUAUAGAGAGUAUUUCUGGCAUCAUCAAAGAUUUACUCAAAUCACCACUGACGGCCAUUGGAGACAUUUUCAAGGGAGUUAUCAACGUCAAAAUGGCCGUUGAUUCAAUAUUUGAAGCUAAGAAAAAUGUGGAGAAAGCAAACUUCUUGAAGGAAGGUCAAAGACCAUACUGGUUUGAUCUACCCAAAGUCAUUGGCGACAUGAUCGAAGAAUUGGCCAUGCAUCUUGGAAACAUCAGGAGAGAUCUUAAAGUGUGGGUUGAUGAGGUUCAGAGUGCAGAUGAUCCCAUCAAGAAGCUGACUGGGGGCGCCCUUGACUCGCACACCCUGAGGACUCAAGUCCAGUCAGAGAUCGAGUCAAUCUUGAUGGAUCUGAUGGAACCAAUUGAACCAAUCAAAGAACUCCUGGCUCCAUUCUUUGAGAUCUACGACCUCGUCUUUAACACCAUCAAGGCAGUCAAGGAGGCUUACCAGACGCUCAAAGUUUCAUACCAGAAGUCCCUGUCUCUUGUAAUGAAGCUGUUCGGUCCGAAAGCCCACGAGAAGUUUCCGAGGAAGUACCGUUCACCGGGGUCCGGAGAGUGCGCCUCGGGUGGGUUCUAUCCAACUGACUCAGCCGGACACUACGAGGAUCAGGGCGUCGAUCUGGAGAUGCCUCAAGGAGCAAAGUUGGUGGCGCCCUUUUCUGGUGAGAUCUACAGAACCCUCGGGAAGCCAAACCAGGUCACCCUUGAAGCGAAAGGAGGUUCAUUCCGAGACAUUAAGAUAUUCAUUGAUAACAUUAUACCCAACGACACACUAUCAGAAACGCUAUCAACAAGUGUUAUAGCUGGUACUGAGAUUGGCAGAGUAGAAAGUGCCACAGCUUGUGCACCACCUAACUACAUCCAUCUAUCAAUGAAGAAAACUAAACCAAACCGUCUAGCUUCGAUUCUAGACAGUGCUCUUGAUGACAACCAGACCGCUGCGGACUUAGCAGCGAAAGAAGGUUACGUCGAUCCCAGUAACUACUUGGCUAAACGACCACUGGAGAUACCGAAAUGGAUACAAGUCUGUAACGAUUACAAAGUAGUUUGGAAGGGUAAAACAGUGUUAGAAGGAACUUUGCCCAAGGAUAAGGCGGGUAAAAUGAACGACACGACUCCGAAGCGGGGAGAAUCUCCAUCCACCUCAACAGAGCGACCCAACCAAGCUGAGCAACCACCCCCACGUCAAUCACCUCUCAACCAGGCAGUCACACCGAGUAGUCGGGAUGAAACCCAGGAAGCCCUUGGCUUUCCACAGCCCAAAAUCGGCUCUGGAUCACCCUUCAAGAACUUCACUCUUCGGAACCUAAAGAUAAGCUCCAUCUUAGCAUUUGCCCGCAAGCUCAAACUGGUGGAUACAGCAGACGAACUGCUUAAAGUUGUCAAGACGAUAGUCAAACUUGUGAGCGACAAGCCGUGUGUUCUUCCCGAGUCUAUGACCAACGAUGCUUUAAGGAUUGAGCUUCAACAGAGAGGUCUUAGCUCACAAGGAGACAGAAAGAUGCUCCUCCAGCGAUACAAAGAACCCGAAGACCGUUGUCCUCUACUUCAGUUAUCUCUACCUAAGAAUGUGUACUGUAAGAUUGAUGAGAGCUGCUUUGGUGUAGAAUGCUGUAUGAACAUUAAACUCUUCAUGGUGUCUCUGGCUUUCAAGGCAUUCAUGAGAUUUGAUCCCUGUGAGUUUCAGUUCAUCAUUGGAGUCAACUCGUGGAACUACACUGUUCAAAUACUGGAGGCAGAGUGGGGUAAACAGUGGGAGGUACCAGUUCCAUUUGAUGUCCCCUUUGUUGAUGACAUGAAACUACAUCUUAGGUUCGGCAUUGAAAAGACGAAAACUCAACUCCUUGUCAGCAUGAGCGUGGGUUUCUGCCCUGAGAGUGGGGACGCAGAGUGCCUGGAAUUCAUCGAUGUGCUUCAAGAUUCCGCUGUACCACUUCCCAUCUGCAACCCUGAUGGCACAUUCACUUGGCCAGAAAUUGACGUCGAGGAGUAUUUCAGCCGUGCCAGGCUACAUAUGUUGAUCAAAGAGACAGGCGAGGAACUUAUCCGGGCAGGGUUAGAGGCAGCGUUUGAGUAUGUCGUGGAGGAACUUGGCAUUGACGAAGGACUUCUGGAUGGAAAAGAACCUUGUCCGACACCAGCCAGUUUGAGCGACUCUCAACUCAUCGGUGCUCUUGAAGGAAGGGAUCUUGAGACAACAGGAAGUAGAGCUGAGAAAGAAAUUAGACUCUCUGAUGGUGAAAGAAGUUGUGGAACAUUUACACUACCAGCAUUCUCCGGGAAGGUCGCCGAGAUUGCCUACUGCUCAAUCAGUGAGAACUGCCUCCGUAUUGACUGCUGUCUUGAACUGAACAUCAAAGUUCGAGAGUUCAAGUUCAGCCGCUCCUUCAAAGCAUUCAUUGACGUCAAUGCGUGUGAUUUCUCGAUUACAAUUGCCUUUCAGCAUUUUCGGUACACUAAAGUACUGUUGAGUUACGAUUGGGGCGAUGUGAAGUAUCAGAAGAUCGGACCAUUUACACUGAGAUACACAAUCGAUAAACUGGAUGAUGAGAAGCAGUUCCAGAUUGACUUCGGAGCAUCGGUUUGCCCCAUCAACGGGGAGGAGUGCAUCUUUAAAAUUGACAUCAUUCAGGACUACAGGGUGCCGAUUCCAUUCUGCAACUCCAACUUUUCACUUUCUCUGCCAGGGAAGACAAACUUGACUGAUUUUAUUACUCAAGUUGGUCAAAAUGCCGCUCAGCAAGCCAUCAACAUUCUCCUACAGUUUAUUGGUCUGAGAGAUAAGAUUGACGAUGGACCCUGUGCCUCCACAACUCAGGAUGUGUGCACUGACGUAACUCUCCCUAGUCUUCCCAGCACAUUGACCUGUGACCUUUACGAUCGCUGCCUCGGUGUGCGAUGCUGUGUUGAUCUGGAUCUUCAAAUCACUGUGUUAUCAAGUAACGUAUGGCUGGAACUUGAUCCAUGCGAGUUUACGCUAUCCAUGGGAUUUGGAAAGUGGUCCAUAACCUUCACGAUAUUCGACUACCACUGGGGCACCCAAGAGGAGCUAAAGAUCGGCAAGGCCUUAACCUUGAUCUACACCAUCGACAAGUUGACCGAAGACAAGGUUUUUGUCUUGGACCUGGCUUUGUCGUUUUGUCUUCCCGAUUCGAUUUGUGAUACAGCGCCCUCUAUUGACAUCUUGAAAGGAACGCGUGUACCUAUUCCGUUAUGCAACGAGAACGCAACAUUUGCCCUUCCAGGUGAUGGGACUGUGUCAGACUUCCUGAAGAUGGUGGGAAAAAAUGCAGCUGAGUCGGGUAUCGAUGCGGUACUUACUGCUCUCGGAUUGUCAAAUUUCAUCAGUCAAGAACCUUGUGUCCGACCGCAGGUCACAAACAACGGAUGGCAUAGAGUUUGUCCUAGAGAUGUCAGACUUCCACAUCUACCGAGUUACCUCAUCUGCACUCUUCCAGAGAAGUGUCUUGGGUUCGAUUGCUGUUUCGAGCUUCCAAUUCCUGGACUCACCCCAAUCAGCACCAAUGUCUCCUUCAUAUUUGAUCCUUGUAACUAUAAGUUGUCACUUGGUCUGGGAAGUUGGAGUAAAGACCUACACAUUUUCACCUAUCAGUGGGGUCAACAAGAAGAGGUCACCAUUGGCAAUGCAGUAUCUUUAAGUCUAACCAUUGACAAGGUCGAGGAAUCCUUCCAGAUCAACUUGGAUAUGACCUUCUGCCUGGACGGUGACUGCACUCCAAUCCCGAUCCUCAGUGAUGCCAUCAUCCCCAUACCAUUCUGUAAUCCCAAUGCCUCCUUUGAGCUUCCUGGCGAUGGAAGCUUUGCUGCACUAGCAAGGGACAUCGGAGGCAACGUGGGCGAGUUGGCGAUCCAGGCUGGUCUACGUAAACUUGGAAUUCAGGAGUUUACCACUAAUCAGCGCUGUGACCUGACUGUGCUUGCUCCAGCAGAGAACAAAUGCCCACUGAUGAAUAAACCACCUUCAACGAACAUACUGACCUGUACAGUAGACGACCAGUGUCUUGGUAUCCAUUGCUGUGCCUCCUUGGAUCUUAUCUUCACGCGACUAUCUACCACAGCUUGGGUCGUUCUAGACCCUUGCGAAUUCGAGCUGUCUGUUGGUUUUGGAUCUUGGACUAAAAACUUGACUCUCUUUGAAUAUGACUGGGGUGUGGAAAGGACAGUUGACAUCAGUGAUACUGUUUACAUAGUGUUCACAGUUGACAAGUUAACAGCCCAGAAAGAAUUCCUGAUCGACCUCUCGGUGUCCCUGUGCAUAGAUGGUACCUGCACACCGAUCAACCUGUUACAGGGAGCCCGUGUACCCAUCCCGAUCUGUAACCCAAAUGCUACCUUCUCCCUACCAGGCGAUGGUUCAAUCGCUGGUUACCUGGACACCAUAACAGGGGAAAUAACUAAUGUAGCAGUGGAUUUGGUGCUUGGCAGUUUGGGGCUAAAGAAUUUCUUGUCAAGGAAUACGUGUAGUCUUCCUCUUCCUGAUGAAGGUUGUCCAGUUCAGAUUCCCACUGGUCUACCCACGUUUUCCUGCCGUAUAAACAGCCACUGCACAAGUCUGCACUGCUGUCUCAACUUGGACCUCAAAGUAACCCAGCUCAGCUCCAAGGCUUGGCUGGAAAUCGACCCUUGUGACUUCAAACUAUCAGUAGGAAUGGGAAUGUGGUACUUCAACAUCUCACUGUUCUCGUAUGAGUGGGGGAAGAUGGAAAGAUUCCCUAUUGGGCAAGCGAUGAGUGUGGAAUUUUCUAUUGAUAAACUGGAUGCUUCAAAGGAGUACGAGAUCGAUCUUGCAUUCUCUCUCCAAGUCGACGACGAGACUACGGACUUCCCCCUCAUGGAGGCAAAGAGAAUCCCUAUUCCCAUCUGUAACAAUAACUUCUCCUUGACUCUACCUGGUGACGGGUCUGUACGGGGAUUCCUGGAGGAGCUUGGAGACACUGUGGGACAAUCGGCAAUUGAUUUGGUUUUGAGAAAACUGAACUUAGAUGAUGUUGUGAGUGGCAGAUCGUGUGAAUUACCAGCAGCUAUGGCAAUGAAUACAGCUUGCCCAAUGAUCUCCCUCCCCACCUUGGCAAACAUCAUCCAGUGUUCAACCGAUGAUAACUGUCUUGGCAUCCAGUGUUGUGUCAAUCUGAACUUUAUCAUCACCACACUCAUGCUCGAUGCUAGAAUCAAAGUGGACCCAUGUAACUUCCAGCUUCAUGUGAAUUUUGAAAACUGGGAGCGUAUCUUUACUCUGUUCAGUUACACUUGGGGGAAGGUGGAAAUGGAACCAAUCAGUGAUGUUGUGACUUUAAGCUAUUCAGUUGAUAAGCUGACGGAGAUGAUGGUAUUUUCUGUUACACUUGAUGUUGAACUGUGCAUUGACAACGCAUGCGUGACAACCUCCAUCUUGGAUCACGUCUGGGUCCCAAUCCCCAUCUGCAAUAUCAACCCUGUUACAUUCACCCUGCCAGGCGAUGGUACGGUAGCUGGAUUUAUCACGGAACUCGGAGGUCGUAUUGGAGAUUCAGCAAUUGACUUAGUUCUGGAGAAAUAUGGAUUGAAUCAAUAUUUCCAGAGUGAACAGUGCGAUCGAGGAACACCGGGCACACUCAAAAGCAGUUGUCCUGGUGUCGACCUCGAACAGCUUCCUGAUUUCCUCUCAUGUUCCCUCACCGAGUCCUGUCUUGGCAUUAAAUGUUGUCUGGAGAUGGACUUUAAGAUCGUGACACGUACAGUCAAUGCAUGGCUCAUCUUGGAUCCCUGCAACUUCAAGCUGUCCAUCGGUUUUGAGAACUGGGAGCAAAGUAUCACCUUAUUCCACUAUGCUAUGGGUGACUACAGGGAGGAAGUUAUUAACAGCGUGCUGAGUGUGAGGUGGCGUGUCAAAAAGUUAACUGUAGAGAAGCAGUUUGAGUUGAAUUUACAGCUGGUCUUCUGUUUGGAUGAGGCAUGUAACACUGUGACUGUGUUUGAGGGCAGCCGUCUUCCGAUACCGCUGUGCAACACUGAAGAUUCUUUUGCUCUUCCCGGAGAUGGCACAGUGUCCGGAUUUCUUGGAUAUCUUGACGGAAAUAUCGGACAAUUUGCUAUCGAUGCAGCAAUCCGACACCUGAAUCUAGACAGCUUCCUAUCAGGGAAGGCAUGCUCUAAUCACAGACAAGAUGUUUGUUCAAGUGCAACUGGUAUCCUUGGCGACUGCUCAAUCGUUGGGGAAUUCUGCACAGAGCUCAGAUGUUGCCUCGACUUGGAUCUGAAGAUAGCUGAUGUCUCGGCCUCAGCGUGGUUUAAGUUUGACCCCUGUGACCUCACCUUCACGUUAGGUCUAGAGACUUGGAUGUUUCAUGGAUCGGUCUUUACAUAUGAGUGGGGUGAAGAGACGAUGGUGCCAGUUGCUCCUGGAAUGACUCUAAGGUAUUCCAUCACCAAACUCGAUGAAUCCAUGGAGUUUCAAGUAGACAUGACUCUAGAGUACUGCGUCGAUGAACUUUGUACCGACAUCGAUAUUGUGCAGACCAUACCUAUCCCGGUUUGCAAUCAAGACUACAGCAGUUAUAACUUCUCAGUUGACGGUUUCGUACAAACAGUGUCCGGACAAAUCGUACAGGGAGUAACUGAGUUACUCUUAAAUCAACUAGGCAUUGACCCUGACUUCUUCAGUGGUGAUCCGUGUGUAAACCCGAAUGGGAUCCAGUCUUACAGAAAUUGUCCAAACAUGCAGCUUCCUGGCAACCUCGACCCAAUUGCACAAUGUGGAAUCCUGGAGUCCUGUUUUGGAAUAAAGUGCUGUCUUGAUGUGAACCUCGGACCACUUGACCACAGCUUCAGUGCCUCAAUGGUGGUUGAUCCCUGUCUUGGUCAGCUGAAGCUACAGUUUGGUAACUGGGAGUACAGCAAAUCACUGUCACAGCUGGACAUUGGUGUUGAUAAGGAGGUCACCAUCGGAAACUUUGUAUCGCUCAUAUUCAAGUUGGAACUUUCUGAUGGUAAGAUAUCAUCGAGUCUAUCUAUGGAUGCAUGUGUGGGUGAUGUCUGCACAGGUCGAAUCGUUCUACUGGAUGAAUCAAUAUCUCCACUCCCUCAGUGCUAUUCCAAUGGGUCAAUCUCAUGGAGAAAGUUACCAGGAUUGACUUCAAUUUCCCACCUGGGCAAUUUAGAUACCGGAUUAGACGUUCUUGCGCAAGGUCUGGGACUACCGACGCGUCUAGUUUCAGCCUCUCCAUGUCUUGUAGAACAGACGAGUAGCUCCACGGUGUGUCCCCAUCUGCCUGUACUACCUGCUCUUCCAUCAGGUGGAGUUUGCCAGUAUUCUGAUACAUGCCUUGGGGUAGAGUGUUGUUUAUCAGCAGACAUAGGCAGUACGACUCAGACUCUACGGGCGUGGUUGACUGUAGACCCAUGUGAACUGACUGCGAGUGUAGGCUUUGAAAACUGGAGUUUCAAUAUUACACUCUUAAGUUACAAGUGGGGCAAGCAGAUCAGAGAAUCACUAAGUGAUGUUGUCUCGAUUUCAUUCACCAUUGACAAGACAUCAAACAAUCGGAACUUUGUGUUGUCACUCUCUGUUAAAUUCUGCAUUGCUGGAUUAUGCGCUCCGGACAUUAUCAUCUUAGAUGGCUUCAUGGCACCCAUUCCUUUUUGUGAUGUGAUGGGGACACUGGAGUGGCCUCAGGAUCUUGGUGGUAGUGUUACAGAUUAUGCGAGCAGUCUGGUGGUUAACCGCCUUGGUGUUAGCACAGAUGUCCUUCUACCUCAGUCAUGUAGUGGUCCACCAGAACAGAUUACACCUACGACCUCAGGUUGUGGUUCGCUCUCUAUUCCGUCGGCCAUUGCGUCUUAUUGUUUUCUGGAUGAAUCAUGUCUCGGGGUUGGUUGCUGCUUGACCCUUGACCUGGACAUAGUUCAAAGGUCAUUCUCAGUGUGGGUGAAACUCGAUGUAUGUGCCGGUAGAUUCUCCUUUGGUUUUGAGGAAUGGAGUCACAGUGAAGUGUUAAACAUAGCAACAUUGCAAACUCAUUCCCAGGAGAAAAAUAUCGGUAAUGUGAAAAUCAGAUAUAAUAUAGAGCGCCCCCAUGAGUCCGUCUAUGAUGUUGACCUCGACCUCGCUGUGUGCUGGCAAGGGAGAUGCACUGAUCCCAUUGUGAUUCUUCAAGACACGAUGUUCUCUGCUUCACAAUGUGGCCAGGAAGGAAGCAGUAGCAGAAGGGAGAGAAGAAAUGUGGAUGAUCUAACCAAUGAUUUGGAAGAGGAGGAAGGCAACAUGGACGACUUCACCACCAGCUCACUCGAUAAAGCUCUGGAAUAUUUCAGGAAAAUUCUUAAGUCAGAUUCACCUACACUUUCCUCAGAAGAGAACAUCCUGAUGAAACUUCAGCCGGAAAAGAAUGUACCGCCAAGGGUGGCUGGAUCUGGUACUGAAAGUCGUCGAGCUUCGGGCACCUUGAUAUUUGGGAACGAGGACAAUACACCCGUUCCAUCAAGGAAAAGGAGAGACGUUUCCAUCGCAGUAACGUCUGGAGGAGCCAGUUUGUUUGACCUCAGCUUGACCCCUGGAGCCGACUCGGGCGCCUGGCAGGGUGAUGUGAUCAUUGGCGGUGGACUAACAUUGAAGGGUCUUGAUGCUCUCGGUAAUCGGAUUGCAAACAUGACAAUUGGUGAGCUAGAGGCAAUGUUGGAUCUGCAAAACAUCGACCCUUUUACUGUCGUCCAACUCAUGAAAGAUCUGCGAUCUCUUUAUCGAACCUUUGUGAGCGAGUUCAUCGACGUCUUUGUCAACGGCAAUGGAGAAAAUGCGUUCAGUCAAUUUGACAUCGUUCUGAGCGGAGAAGUCCCAUUUCCACGAAGGGAAGUAGUUUUCUUCAAACAUAAGUAUUGGACUGUGCUUGGUGGAUUCAUCUACUUAGAAUUUUACAUUGAAGCCGGUGGGUUUUUUGACAUGAAGAUACCCAUAUCUGUGGCCCUUGUGUCAAUGACUGCAAAGGGUGGUAUAAUACCAAUGGUUGGUUCCUACGUUACUGCACGUGUAACAGUUGGCUUCAUAUUGUAUGGCGAGCUGGAACUCAAGGCAGACGUCUUACACACAAGCUUUCCUACAACUGCAGAAUUAAUCUUUAGUAAAUUCCCACUGGAUGUUGGUCUCAAGAUGGACAUAGUGAUGAUCCCCUUGAUAAUCCGGCUGACAGGUAAAGUCACACUGAAGAUCCUUUGGUUUGGGACGAAGACACUCUUCAAGAAGGACCUCUGGCGCUAUCAAGCCAACGCUAUCCAUAAAAACAUCUUCGAUGUUCACACCAAGGACCCCGACACGUCUCCGCCAGAGGUCAUGGACUACUCCACACCUGUGGAGGCCCCCCACUCCGGAGAGAGGUCAGUAAACAUUGCAGAGCCGACCAGCCAUUGCAGCGUUGAGCAGGUGCCUGGUCUAGACUACACAGAGCCCGCCUUUCAACUUGAGGUGGUCGCUGCUGAUGACAAGAGUCUAGUGACGUUUUUCUAUCAGGUUGGGACGGUACCUGGAGGGAGUGACGUACUCCCUAAGACAGAAUAUGGAGGACCAUCAGCCAUCAUAUCACAGAUUCUACUCGGUGGCCACCCACUUCACUUCACUGUCUACGCCAUGAACAACGGUGGAGGUACCUCAACCGCAACCUGCAGCCUACCGACCUUUGACGUCACCCUCCCAACGGGUCGUAUUACUCCUGACUUCACUUCAACCAGUCACCCACACAUCCUUCGUGCUUCAGCAGUGGUGUAUGAUGACUCUGUCAUUUUGAUGCAGAAAGAAGGAGUUGGGUUCGGACCGGAGAUCUGGGGUGAUCAGAUCGUACCCUGGCACACGAUUGACAUCACAGAGCGAGAACAACUUGGAACCUCAAUCAACGACUUUCACUAUUUCACCACCGCCAAGAAAGGCCGCCUCAUCUCAACACCAACAUCAACCAUCACUCACAUUAAUCCUAACUUCUGUGCCCGUGACUGCCUCGCUCUCCCAGAGACAAAGUGUCUGAGUAUCAACUAUGAUUACGAUUCCAAGAUGUGUGAACUCCUUAAAGAGAUCGAGGGCCAUGGGGUCGAGGUUCAUGAGUCCGGUAAAUUCACUCAUUAUGAACGUCUUGGUGUUGGCCACGCUGUUGAGUUUAACCACGAGUCCCUCCUGCUCGAUCACAACAACAUCUACUACUUCAACAUCGAUCUCCUGAACUAUGUAGCGUAUGAGAACAUCGUAUCAUCAGUGGGUAUCGUGGCAGACUUUACAGCUCCAGAGCCUGGUUUGAUCGUCAAUGCAUCGAGGGACGAGGUUGUACAUGAGCCGUGUGUUCAGUUUACGCCUGAUGAAUGGGAGAGACGAUGUAUGGAGGAUACACCUCUCGAUAAUCAUAGAUACAUUAUCGAUGGGCCUGGUUCCAUGACUGUCUUCAAUGGUGAAAUGGAAUUGGUGGAUAUGCUGUAUACAAGGAGCAAUGCCUACAUGGCAGCAAACUGGGAUGGUAUCCAUGAUAACGAGACUGGUAUCCAUGGCUACACCUGGUCCAUUGGUUACAGCGUGUGUAAUGAUGACGUCAGCAGCCAUAUAGAUCCUCAUGCACACCUGUUUGAUGAAUCACAAUGGCACCACCAGGGACUGGUAGUUAACGUCAACCUCCCAGAUGGUGCCUAUUUUAUCAGCGUACGUGCACUGAAUAAGGUGGAGUUUGGCGGCCCGAUGGCACUGACUGUAUGUCACAGCACGCCCCUCAUCAUUGAUAACACUCCGCCAAUAAUUGACAGCAUUAAUAACAUCACUUAUGAAUCAUCGAUUGGAAGAAUUGGAUUGCAAGUUAACGCAAGCGAUCCUGAUUCUCAUCUGUUUGAGUACCACGUGGCAGCCGGAAGAUCACCGAGGGAUAUAUCUCUGCAUGACUGGGAAGCCCUCGCUGUUACUCAACAACUCAUCAUCGACUUCAAGAUUCCAAAUGGCAUACCAUGCUGGCUGAUCGUCAGAGCUGUCAAUAAUGUUGACCUUCGAACUGUAGAGCAUGCUGAUGAACCGAUAUUAGUUGAUGACACGCCACCAAUUGCUGGAGACUUAUUCGACGGACCCUAUGCAGGACGAGAUCUUGCGUUCACUAAAGAUAGGAAUGAGAUUUGUGGAAACUGGUACAACUGGUUUGAUCCCGAUUCAGGUAUUUCCUCGUACCUUUGGGCCGUUGGAACCCAACCUCUAACGAGCAACGUUGUGAACUUUGUCAAAGUGUCUCGCCGAGAGCAUGGGACCUGCUCUGGGUAUGUCACCCUCCAGCACGGCGAGACCUACUACUCAACGCUUGUAGCAUUCCACGGUGGUUAUGACAAGUUGAAUGUAUCGGCUUCAUCAAAUGGAGUGAGUGUUGAUCUAACUCCACCCGUCCAAGGAAGCGUCUACGACGGCCUCCUUCCAGGCCCAACGGACCUGGAAUUCUCUUCCAAACCAGCCACAGUGUCGGCUCAGUGGCAGGGAUUCUCUGAUCCAGAGUCUGGUAUCGAAGACUACCAAGUCACAGUCUACCGUAAACAUAGUGACAGUGAAAAUGCAACCAAUGACUUUGAGGUUAUCCAUGAAGCCGCGUCAGUUAGUAAUGACGUCUCUUUAAUCGAGUGGCAUCAUUUCCAUCUACACCACAAGGACCAGGUGUACAUCAACCUACGUACAAUCAACCAGGCUGUCAAUCACAUUGAUACUCCAACCAAUGGAUUCCUGGUGGAUUUGACUCCUCCUAUGCUACGAUCCCUUGGAGACGGGCUUGUUGUUGGACAGGAUGCAGACUUCCAGACACACAGUGAUAGCCUUGCUGUACAUUGGGACUACUUUGACGAAGAAUCCGGCAUUGCUUUGUUUGAGUUGGCUAUUUACGAAAUGAGACAUGGUAAAAAACAAAAGAUUUUCCCAGCAGAUUUGGAUCCAAAUACUUUUGAGCCGAUACUAGACGUUACUACCACAUCCCACGUGCAAAGUGGAUUGUCACUUCGUGCAGGAGCCAUCUAUAUCACACGAAUCAAGGCUCAAAACCAGGCUAAACUGAUAGCAUCACAUGAGACGAGUGGUAUCAGGGUAGACCCUACUCCACCUGAGAUGAAGUAUGUACGAGGUGGGAAUCUAGAUGGAGAGACUGAAGAAGUCAUCAAUGGAUACCUGUUCCAGAACAGCCUCUCUACCAUUAAGGCAUCUUGGCUUGGAGUUGAUGGUCAAAGUGGUAUUAAGAACUACUGGGUAGCGGUUGGAACAGCUCAAAACACUGAAGACAUCAAACCGUUCAUGGCCCUAGGGUCAAAAAGGAAUAGUGUCUUGUUGAACCUUGACCUCCAACUCACUGACCAAUCAACAUGUAAUGAUGAAGAGUUUACUGCCGACUGCCGACCUGUCUAUUACGUAUGCGUGAAAAGCGAGAAUGGUGCGGGUGCCUUCAGUGACGUCAUUUGCUCUUCGCCAAUCAGAGUCGUAGAAGAGGAUCAAACAGGUUAUGUAACAGAUGGACCAGCCAUGCUUCACGAUACAGACUCUCAACAAGAGAGAACCACUGUUACUAUUUGGUUCGAUGACUUUGAGAGCCAGUUGCAUGGUAUUUCUUCCUAUGAGUGGGCAGUCGGUACGACCCCUGGAGGAGAGGACAUUCAACCUUUGACCUCAGAUGGAGUAGUGCCCGGAAGUGACCCUGAUAUACCAGGUCUUGCUGGUCUUGGCAAGGCACAGUCUCCACUACCUCUCCAGCAUGGUGUGACGUAUUACAGCACUGUCCGUGCCAUCACCAAUGGUGACAAUGUCUUAGAAACUGUCUCCAAUGGUUUCACGGUAGAUGUUACACCGCCAAACAUUAACAUCACUGACUUUGGUCAAUAUGGUACAACUGUUGAUUUGGGCUUUGGUGGUGUCAAGCUUUAUCAGUCAUUUGUAGACUCUAUCGAUGCGAUGUGGGACGUGGAGGAUUCGGAGAGUAACCUCAUUGCAACAUACUUUACCGUGGGACAGUAUGCAGGAGCUAGUGAUGUGUUUCCUCUGACACAUGCAAACAAUUCCUACAUUCCUUCGAGUUUGGUCAAACCUGCCCUUGAAGGUUUACCGAAUAUUCUGACUGUCCGUGCCAUCAACAGUGUUGGACUGAAGCAAACAGUUUAUACUACCAGUUUAACUGUAGAUACCACACCGCCAGAUGCUGGUCAGGUCAUGUGCCCAUCUUUCUUACACGCAAACAGCGCCCUCAAGUGCAGAUGGACUGAUUUCCUAGAUGACGAGUCAGGAAUUGAGUAUGUAAGGUUUCUUGUCGGGACUGCAGAGGGUCUGAAUGAUGUGUUUGUGUCGGACAAAUUACCUGGCUAUAUGACACACUACAGUGCCACAGAUUUAGACUUGAUGCAUAACAAACUGUACUAUGUCACCAUUGAGGCCUUUAACGCCGUCAGCCAGAGUACAUACGCUUUCUCUGAACCCAUUGAAAUCGAUGACACCCCGCCCUCAUAUGGUGUUGUGGUGGAACUUUCUGGUGUUCAUAAAUUGAAUCAGAACUACCUAGAGAGGCAGCCGAGCUGGGAUUGCAGUAACAUGGGUGACUGCUUAGAGCUGGAUGGAGAGUGUUUGGAGUCCAUCACCCAGAUUCAGAUCCUCUGGGAACCUUUCAAAGAUGAAGAUACUCGGAUCACUAAAUAUGAAGUAGCAUUAGGCACCACACCGGGAGGAACUCAGAUCAGAUCGUUCUAUGAGGUGGAUAGGUACCAGACUUCAGAGCUUAUCACCGAUCUUGAUUUAAGUGAUGUGCGAAGAGUCUAUGCGUCAGUGAGAGGGUACAAUGAAGCUGGUUUGACCAGCACGGCAGUCUCGAAUGGCAUCUUCGUCAGUCGAUUCAGUGCAGGACUUCAGCCACUAAGACCUUUCACCGUCAAAGAUGGAGUCACUUCCAAUGACCUCCAUGACCUUGACUUCCAGACAUCUUUGACUGAACUGAGUGCUUCUUGGGAUUUCAGUGGAGACCCUUGUCCAAUCAGAGAGAACGAGUGGGCUAUUUAUAGAAUUGACGGAGUGGAAAUUCAGCCGCUGACGGAUGUAGGAGACCGUACUUCAGAUACAAACACAUUCAUUGAAAUGAUGGACGGCGAGACCUACUACACCGUGGUGCGGGCAACCAACGCUCUGAACAUACCCAUCACACUCCGCUCUGAUGGAAUCACCGUGAAACGAGACCCACUGAUACCUGGUCAAGUUUACGAUGGUCUCCUUGCAGGCUUUGAUCUAACCUACCAGAGAGAAACUGACACCAUAUCGGCAAGCUGGAGUGGCUUUGGUCAAGGAAUGCCCAUACAGGAGACUGUUGAAUAUACAGGAAAUGCUGAGAUUACCAAAGACCAUGCUACAGAGCAGGCGGUUGACUAUUAUGAGGUUGCAGUGGGCACCGAUCGUCGCUACCCAAAGACUAGAGACAACACAGUACCCUUCACUAAUGUUGGUCAGAAUACAUCGGUCACCUUCAAUAACCUUGAUCUACAGGCGUUGACUGCUACGUACUAUGUGACGGUCAAAGGUCAUAGUGCAAGCUUCUCUGCCGCUGAGGUCACGUCAAGUGGUAUACAUGCUGGUGUGGAUAGUAAAAUUUCCGCUACGGAGGUUAAAAUACCAGAGUUUGUCAAUUCGCUCUCCGAAGUCAAACUCCAAUGGGAAGAAUUCGACUCGACCUUCCCCAUCCUACUCUACUAUGUCGGCCUGGGCAAUGCCGCUUCGGCUACUGUGUCACCAGAGAACAUGGACUGUUUGGACAUGCUUCUAGCAACGGAUGAAGCCAAGACUGCGUUUAAUGAAAGAAAGAUGCAUUUUAUUGGCAAGGAUACCUAUCAGGAGAUCAAAGGACUGAGUCUUGAGCAAGAAGGUUCAUACUUCGUGACGGUAGUUGGAAUGAACGAAGGAGGGCAGUGUAACUCUUCUACUAGUCACUUCUCAGUUGAUAUCACCCCGCCCAUUGAGGGGCGCCUUCGUGCUGGACCUUUCUAUGGCAUGCUGGUGACAUACACAGAUAGCACUGAGUCAAUACAUGUGGCAUGGGAGGACUACAUAGAUGAAGAAAGUGGAAUUAAAUCCUUCAAUAUCCGUCUUCUAGAGGCUGCCUCUUGUAGAGUGGAAGACAGCGGUAACCUUACUCCUGUUCCUGGCCAGGAAUGGCUGGUUCUUGGCCCGGGUAUCUCUGAGUUUACCUAUGUAGAGUUGAGUUUAGCGACCAACCACCCGUAUUUCGUUGAGCUAGAAGCCGUGAACCGUGCAGGGGAUAGCACUGUAACCAAAGUAGGACCAAUCUUUGUGGAUCUAUCAGAGCCUAGUUCUGGAUUGGUUGUGGAUGGAGACGAUUUCAUGAUGGAUUUGACAGAUACGUAUAGUAGAAGCCAAGUCACUGGAACGAUCUUACACCAGCCCAACCCAGAAGGUCCACCCUGCCCUCUGACAGACACUUCGUUCACUGAUCCAAAGUGGCAGGCCUUGGAUUUCAACGGACUAUGGAACAUGAGGAUUGACAACUGGGAUUUAGAGUACCAGAAUCAACAGGUAUCUGCAUCGGAUGAAAGUGUGUCUCUCAAGAUGGAGCGAGAUACAAGAGGACCUCGUAUGCUCUCCGGAGCGUAUGUCACUAAUGCACAAAUUGUCAGAAGCUCUGAAUACGAGUUUGAUCUAUUGGCUGCGUCAUCAGACCUCCAUAGCGUCACAAGUAUUUUGUUCUGGGAUGGUCCGGACAGAGUGGUCGGAGAGUAUGACUUUGGUGGAGCUGAGAAUUGGCAAGAAGGGAUAUGCCAGUGUUGCUAUGCAACACCCUUCUAUCAAUCGGAAUGUCCUCAAUGUGACUGCAAAAAUUUCCUAGGAAUCGACGAGUCAACCUCUGAUUAUUCAUCAGUCAACAGCACAACAGUUGAUUUAGUGACCACAGAAACGGCAGACAUGACCACUGCUGAUGAAGCGGCAGACAUGACCACUGCUGAUGAAGCGGCAGACAUGACCACUGCUGAUGAAGCGGCAGACAUGAUCACUGUUAGCUCACCUCAAGUAAACACGGAUGUAGUUACAAUGGCUACACGAACACCAUGGACCAUUCGUAAGAAAGAUGCAGAUGGUGACGGCAUUUCUGAUGAAGAUGGCGGCAGAUGGACUACACAGAGAGCAUGUGGUCUGCAACUGCAUCCAAAUGGCAACGCGUCACAAGCAGUAUUGUGGUGUCGCUAUUUUGAAGAUGAAUGGCCGAUGACGUCACAGUCUGUAGAUCUUGACUUUGACCCAUCCAUGGAGGAACACCACUACUCUAUUCACUUCAGUGUCAUGCCGUUUGAUGCAAAAGAGGACGAGUGGUCUUUUAAUGUGUACAUCGAUGGCAAUCUUCUCUCUUCUUUGACCGGUAUCCCUGUCAUGUCUUCAUCCACCAAACUCAUCCUUCAUGUCUUCAACAAAGAUAGCUUUGUUACUGAUCUAGAUGACCCAUUCAACCCACCGACUGCUACAGCAACCAUCAAAAACCUAAGGAUGCCUCCAGAUGCUAGUAUGCUAUGCCGCUAUGGGUUACCAUUCAGAGCGGGUACCAAUCCUGUGUCCAGAUAUUUCGCUGGUGUCGGUAGUGAAGCGGGAAAAACCGACAUUGUGGCAUAUAAGGAGAUUUCCCAGCCGUGUGUACCGUGUAUCAAUCCAUGUGAUUGGUACCAGUGUAAUCAGUCAUGCUCCAUGGUGGAAAGCUCCAUUACAUUCACACUCACCAACCUGACUCUGCCGAAGCUGGAAGUCCUAAACACCACAAGGAACGACACAAAUAAUACUGUAUCUGCUUCUGGGGAGGAUGGCUUACCUUCUCCGUUCUUCCUGACAGUUAAGUGUGUCCUAGGGAAUGGUCAAGAAGCGUCUUCAUCUUCGAACGGUUUCUACAUUGACGAUACACCAGCAAAGCUAGACGUGUUAUUCUACGUUGAUAUCAACCGCAACGAGUAUGAACCAACACAGUUCCAGUCGUCAAAUUCCACAAUCCAGGUCUUGUGGAGUUUCUUAGACACGCAAAGUCAAAUCAAGGAACAUUACUGGGCCAUUGGAACGUCCAGAGGUGCUUUGGACUUACAAGACUUUGUCAAUGUUGGGUUAACUCAGACAGCCUCCAAUAGCAACUUGGAAGGACAACUACAACACAAUACAACAUACUACGUGACUGUCAAGUGCAUCAAUGGAGCUGGAUUGGAGACUGUGGUAGAAUCUGAUGGUGUAACGGUCCUCUUUGAGAAACCCUCCGUGGAUGAUGUCAACACCACCUCCAUGUUUAGUCAGAAGUUUGAAGAGGAAGUCUAUCCACCUGACGUUCAGAAGAAUGACGACCCAACAAAGACAGGCACCUCCUGGUCCAAACCUGAAGAUGAGUCCAUCGAUCGAUAUGAGUAUUGUGUAAGCAGCUCGGCAGAGUUACUGGAUGACAUCGUCCCUUGCAUGGUGGUUGGCACCAACGCAUCCGGUUCGGUGGCUAUAAGAGACGGGAUGAUUAUUGUAACGGCUGAUGACAGAGAGGAGGUGUUCAACAUCACUGACUUCCAAGCUAAUCGAGAAGACAGCAAGAAGAUGACAAGUCAGCAAGAUGCCAAAUUUAACAUGGAACCUGGGAAAUGUCUGUACUCUUGGAUUAAGAUGUGUAACCCUGCUCUACUUUGUCAAACGCUGCCAGCAGGAACGACCACUGUUUUAGGAGAGGAUGACACCAUGAUGACGUCAGCAAACGGUACAGAUCUCGCUCUAGCAUCUCCACAGAGUAACAGAAGACGACGAAGGAGGGCGCUAGACAACAAUUUUGAGUUCGCCAUUGCUACAACAGGCGGUCUCCAGCAAGGUGGUUCAUUAAUUAUUGGUCUGCUGGAUGGCAAUAAAACCAAUGAGGAUUUUACAUCUGAUGCUAAUCCGGAUUAUGUCUCCUACAUCAGUUAUCCCCUGGACACCAUACAGAAGACAUCAAGGAUUCUAAAAAGAAGGAUACGUUUUGUGUAUGAGCCUCUCUUCUACGUUACCAGCCUGGGGCAGAUCGAGCUCCAGGGUCCAAUGAUCAUCAACCUAACUCUCAACACACCAGGAAAUUGGACAGAGGCCAAACCCAGACUGGUUUAUUGGGACAGUGAUAAUUCUGAGUGGCGAGAUGUCGCUAAAACAUGCAGUGAUGUGGAUCGGCUGACGUACAACGAGGGAGACAGUCUGCUCAGUGUGGAGGUAUGUGCAACUAGAGGUAGGACCUCUGAAGCAGGGAGACGUCAACGCCGCGCUACAGAGGAAACUUCUUUCUUUAGCCACGAGACCGAGUUUGCAUUGGCGGAUGUCCUCAAUACCAUCCCAAACGACCCGCCAGAAAUCACUAAUCCCGUGGGCAUCUUUACAAUGGAUGAAGACCAAGGCACACUGGAAUACUCUUUUGAGGCUUCAGACCCUGACGAUGAUGUCUUGGUCUUUGAUUUGGGUCUUGAUAAUGAAACGACACUGGGAUCAGCAACUAUCACUGAGGACGGUGCCUUCUCUUUUACACCAUGUCCUGACUGCCAUGGCAGAUUCACUUUCCAACUUAUUCUGAGAGAGAUACAGACAUUGGUUGAGAUCGAACCUCUGACUACUGUUGUUAAUAUCUCAAUGGAGGUCAACCCAGUCAAUGACAAUCCAUACUCUUAUGUCGCUCUGAAGGGAGAAAUUGCUGGUAACGGACGGGAAGCAAAACUAAUAGUCGAGCAGAACACAGGAGUCAACAUUGCUUACAAAGACCUCGUGGUCAUGAUUGGUGCCUAUGACGUUGACAUCUAUGAUAACUUGACGCUUCUUAUUCAACCACCACCGUAUGGUGUCCUUACCAUGAGAGAUGAGGUUAGAUCAAUCCCGCUGAGGCAGAACUGUAGUCAACUUUCUCGUAAUAUCACAAGUCAAGAGAUUGUACUUCCGUGUGGGUUGGAAACACCUCAAGAAGCGGAGAAGAUGAGUUUGGUAUCAUCUACGUUUAGCUACACCCCUGAUCACAACUUCCAUGGAAAGGACAUUGUCCUAGUUUUGAGUGAGGAUAAAUCAGGCGCGGUGUCUCAGCUACUGACGAUAGAGAUUGCAGUCUUGGUGAAUCCUUGCAUCAACGAGGGAGUUUGCGGAGGACCUGCUGAUGAUCCAGACUGCACUUCUCCAACUCGCAGUUCUAGUUUUGAUUCUUAUUUCUGCAUCUGUGAAUCGGGAUGGGUUGGUGACUUCUGUGAAAUUGACUAUGACGAAUGCUUAUCUGCACCAUGUGAAUUCCCGUUUGUCUGCUACGAUCUCUUCAAUGGAUUCGAGUGCGCAUGCCCAUUGUCCGACCCGAUGUGUAAAGGGCUUGAUUGGAGAGUCAAGAUUGUGAUCGGCGUUACCUGCACUGUGUUUGGAUUGUUUCUGAUCACUCUGGUUCUUUUCGUCUUCUACAAAAAGGGCUAUUCUAAAAAGUCCCGCGUUCAUCCCAGCCAAGAAAAUGAAGAGCAACUUGUACAGACACGGAGAAGCGAGUCUUACAAUUUCGAGAAUCCAGCCUUUCAACGUGAUGAUGACAUCGAUGCUUCUCCAUCUGUAGUGCUGUCUCAAGAUGGACCAUUGUCUGCUCCUCCGGGUCCCUCUACCGUCUCCCCAAGCACUGCUCAGUCACAGGGGUCACCACUGGGCUCCUCGGCAUCCAUGAGGUCCGAUGAGUACAAGUCUGGAAGACCCCGCUCUCGUAACGGCCGAUCAAACUCUGUGGGAGUUGCACCGUUGACCGCUGCGGAAGUCCCCGUACUGGAUGAUGUUGAAACUCCUCGCUUCAAGUCCGGAAGAUCCAGCUCUCGUUUCGGCCGAUCAAACUCCGUAGGAGUUGCACCGUUGACUGAUGCAGAAGCAAAUUACCCCGUACAUGAUGAUGUUGAAACUCCCGACUCCAAGCCCGAAGCAGGGCCCUCUAACGAGAGCCCAGUCCACGCUGAGAAAUGGGCGGAUACCACAAUGCCGAAGGGUGGCGGCCCCGGAGAUGAAGUCAACGCCGUGGAGAUGUUGGAGUGGAACAGCGUCACAUGCCGUUCGGGAAGACCGGGACAGGUUGCUGAUGGUGAGGUCACAGGCACAGGGUGUUGGUUCGGGUCUUCCUCGAGAGAUGGUCCAAUCUCUUCGAAAGAGGAGACAACUGGCUCUCCGAUUCAGCUUCCUGGAUCUAUGGUCAGCAUCAAAGAAGACGAAAUGAAUCCUGAAGAUAUUGAAGAAACAGAUAUGGAAUAGUCAUCUUAGAUUCUUCGCAGUGGUAGUUCAAAAAUGUUUCUAUCAAGAUAUUUGAAACAACAUUAAUCAUUGCUCAACAAGCAAAACACAAGGUUUAUUUUAAUAAACCUCACAUAAAACUUAUUGCAAAAAAAUAAUUAAACAAUAUAUCACAUUGGAGAGAAACACAUUCGGAUGCAUACAAAAACUACAAAAAAAGGUUAACAAAGUUAACCCAAAUUCAAAAACACUGUGUGAUCAAAUGUUUCAAUUUUAAGCUUUAAGAUUCUUCGAGGGAUCACAUCACAACAAAGCAGAUAUAUAAAUCAAAUUUUAAAACAAAUAAAACAAGUUGAAAAAUGCACCUUGCUCUAUGAAAAAAAUUGAUUCUCCUUACAAUUUGGGCCUAAAAUCGAAAGACUUUUUAUCAAAAGUAAACAUUUUCUUGGUUGACAUUUUUAUUUUUUAAAGUAAAACAUGUUCAAUUAUUGAGUAAGAGACAUCAUAAGGACAAAAAACAAGCUGAAUGGAGAUUGGCUUGACACACUACCCCAAGAAAUGACAACAGAUGGACAACUAGUAUAAUGGACUGCAACCAAGGACAGGGAAAAGGACAAGAGGUAGACAGAGAGUUUAUUCAAUGUUUUCCCUGGUGUGUUGUGUGGUGAUUUAAGAUUGUGAUGCCAAUGAAAAAAAAAAACCGUGCCGGUGCCUCUGAAAAUAAUACACUUUUAUUGAUUUUUGAUCACACUGAGUUCAUUGCACUAAUAGACGUCACUUAAACGAUGGAACAAAACCUUGAAUAUCGAAACGUGUGCCAAAUGCAUGAGGUCAAACAAUUCUAGACAUUAGCUUAGUAUGUAAGGAAGUCAAUUAGAUGCACGAAUUAUUGGGAAGUACACAGACAAUGAUUUUAAAUAUACCCUAGAUAGUGUAGGAUACGGGCUUUCAGACAUUAUUUUACGUAUAAAUUAGACUUACAGUUCAAACAAGAUGUUUUAACGUUUCUGAAUCUGAUUAAGCUCAAGAAUAUACCUUUUAUGACAUCAUUAAGUAGGGCGCCCUCGUGUUGAGGUCAAAUAAAUGUACCCAUCUUUCCGUAGACUGGUUCCCGUCUUUAUCCGCAAAAUAAAGACAUGCACUGAUUUUAUCAACCCAAUGGUUUCAUUAGAUAAAGCAAUGGCGCACGAUAUUCAAAUUUGACACCUUUUGUUCUGCUAGGUUGCUCUUGGAGUUUUGGGCUUUAUUGCUAAGCGAGGCAAAGUGUAGCUUGAACAUCUGACGUUACACUUCGAAACUGGUGAAUUACACCAUAAUUAUACCUGCCUUGAUUAGCGCCUGGUGGAUCCUGCCAGAUGAACCUUUGACCUCACAUCCAUUUCACACGAAGAUUAACAGUCAAUUCACAUGUAUAUGUGCACAUGGUUAAUUAAACCACAUUUAAUUUUAUGCAACAUAAUGCACACUCAGCAUGUAGCAGGCAAUCAAAAGUGCGCAGAUACACAACAUCACAUUAGACCAAUCAUAACACAGGCAUGAUAGAUUACGUCACUGCAUUUGUAUCCAGUGAAAUCAUAUACAUUGUACACGUAAAGUGUCCAAUGAAAUCAUUUCGCCUGUUGCAACCAAACCAUUCCGUGCAGCCUAGUACGUGUGUUGAUAAAUGAUAACGCCAAACGCCGCGCAUAUUAUGCACAGUUUCUGCAUUAUGAGAAGAGGCGUGAUAAAUUCCGGCAUAAAGUAUAUUAAUAAAGGAGAAUUAUUCUACGCCUUGUUUGAUUUUAAUCUCAUAAAAACCAAAUUAUUGGAAAGGUAUUUUACUCAGAAUGGAGAGAUUUUA